AGCCGAGGGCGCAGUUUUAAGCGAGGGAUAGGUGUGUGUCGGGGUGUACUUUGCGGGGCAAACCUCUCCAAAUCGCGGGUCCGGGGCCGCGCAGCUGGCUCUGGGCUCGGUGGCCGGACCCGGCCCGGCCCUGCGUGGGGCGUGUCGGCGGGCGGUGCUGCCCGGCCCCGCGGAUCGCGGAUUGGGCGUGGGGAGAGAGCGGGGGCUGCUCGCUGCCAGAGAAAGUUUUGGGGAGGGGUGGAUAUUUUUUUUCUUCCCCCAGUGCGAGGAAAGGGGGUUUGGUUUGGGUUUGUUUUGUUUGCGCCGCUCCGCUCCUCGCCCGCUCGCUUUCUUCGUCCGGCCGUGGGUUCUGGGGACUUUUUUUUAAUUUUCGGGGCUUUUUUUUUCUUUUCUUUUCUUUUUUUUCCCCGUCAUUUUUUGGUGAUUGGCUCUCCCUCCUUACCCCUCCGGGAAGUGCUAGACCAGCCGCCUUUCGCCCCGCCAUCCCUCCCCAUGCGCCCGGAGCCGCAGGAAGCUCCGCGGAGCGCACCAGGGAGCUGAGCUGAGGAGCGGCGCGUCCCCUCCUCGGGCAGGAUGUACACGGCCGGGCUGGCUCCUUUCUACGCCUCCAACUUCAGCUUGUGGUCAGCGGCGUAUUGCUCUGCAUCGGGGCCGGCGGCCGGCGGCUGCUUCCCGCUGGACGCCGCGGCGGCGAAGAAGCCGUCCUUCUGCAUCGCCGACAUCCUCCACGCCGGCGGCGAGGCGGCUGCAGGAACCGCCGACAGCCUGCCCGGAGGGCCCGGCACCGGGAUGCCGGCCUCGCUGGGAGCCGUGCACCACGGCGGUCCCUUCCACGCCGCGGCCUCUCCGCUCCGGCCCACGCCCGUCGUGGCCCCCGACGCCCCCGCCGCCGCCUUCCCGCCGCGCCUCUCGCCGCUCUCCGCCGCCUACCACUCCCACCACCACCGUGCCCCGCAGCACCGCUCCCCCGCGGUGGCGGCGGCGGGCGGCGGAGGCGCCCCGGCCCCCGCCCGGCUGCCCGGCGGCCACACGCACGGCUCGGCGCCGGCGCCCGCCAGCAAGGACCUGAAAUUCGGCAUCGAUCGCAUUUUGUCGACGGAGUUUGACCCCAAAGUCAAGGAAGGCAACACGCUGAGAGAUCUGACCUCCUUAUUAACUACGAGCCGCCAAACUGGGGUUCAUCUCCCCAACUUGCAGCCUUCCACCGGCCAGUUCUUCGCGUCUCUAGACCCCAUUAACGAGGCCUCUGCCAUCCUGGGUCCCUUAAACACAAACCCAAGGAGCUCAGUGCAGCACCAGUUUCAAGACACUUUUCCAGGUCCGUACGCAGUUCUAACCAAGGACACACUGCCCCAGACGUACAAGAGGAAACGUUCCUGGUCCAGGGCUGUUUUUUCCAACCUGCAGAGGAAAGGUUUAGAAAAACGGUUCGAAAUCCAGAAGUAUGUCACCAAACCGGACAGGAAGCAACUUGCGGCGAUGCUGGGGCUGACAGAUGCUCAAGUGAAGGUGUGGUUCCAGAACCGGCGGAUGAAGUGGCGGCACUCCAAGGAAGCGCAGGCCCAGAAGGACAAGGAGCCGCCGCCGGAGCCGGAGCCCGCGGCUCAGCGAGCCGGCGCACCGCCCGCCGCCCCCGGGGAGCCCCAGCGCAGCCCCAGCGGCUCCGACGGCGACAGCGACAGCAGCGACGCUGAAUCCCUCGACAUGGCCCCCAGCGACACGGAACGGACUGAGGGCGCCGAGCGGAGCCUGCCCGCUGCCGGGAUGGACAAAUCCUCCGGCAGCACCGGCUUGCCCUCCCCGCCGCCGCCCGCCGCCGCCAGCCCCGAGCCGCGGAGCGGCCUAUAGUCGGGGCGGCCCGGGACCUGUGCGCUAAUUUAUCUCCCUUCCCCCGCCCCGGGAGCGCGGCAAGGCCGGCCCAGCACCGGCCCCGGCCCGCUCCCGCCUGUGGCCAGAGCCCGGCCCGGGGCGAGGGCCCGAGAACGCAGGCGGAGCGGGGAGACCCGGCUCCGGGGCGGCAGAGCGUGAGGCGGCCGCCUUUCCCUCAGAGCUGCUCGCAGGAGACCGGGGGAUCUCUUUUUUUUUUUCUUUUUCCUUUUUAAUUUUAUUUUUUUUUAAUUUUAAUUCUCCGUUUCCCACCCCUCGUUCUCUCCAAGGAAAAUCCGAGCAAGGGACUGCGAGGAUGCUCUCCGAAAUCCCCACCUUUCCCUGCCCUCCCCCAAACCAAUUUACAAUGUGAAGUAUUUUGCCAACGUCCUCAUUGGUUGCAACUUGUUGCUUCGAAUAAUCCGGCCAAGAAAUACUGCACUGACAAAAUAUAUAAAUAUAUAUAUAUAUAUAUAUAUAUAUAACUCCUGUAAAUAAAAUGUUUGCUAUGGUUUGUAGCCACGUCAGUCUGUUGACCAGCGGCAAGGGCUGGCGUGGCUGCCCCAGCUUCCUUCACCCCGCUCGAAGGCAGCAGCUGCCUCUCCUCGCCUCGGAGCCUCCACAGGCAGCCUUCUCUUUUAAUUUUUUUUAUUGUUAUUCUUUUAUAUAUUUUCCCCCCCAAGGAAUG